CUGCUGUCUGUGUGUACCCCUCGUCGUGACUUCGUCGCAGGCAAGCGUGGCAGUCAAGACAGCGUCUCCUGCUCAGGUACGACGACUCGGAGCGCCCUGUCGUAUUCUCGUCGACUCGAGCACCUCUAUUCACCUGCUCGGCGACUGCGCCUCUCGUUGGCGGCGACGCCCAUAGCCCUGCUGCUCCGUGUCGACGUUGCCCAGCUCGACUGUCAGCCGCAGCAGCUCUCCCAAUUUACUCGACUGUACCCCACCCAUAUCUUCAGCCCGACUCCUCUCCCCAACUGAAUGAAUUCCAUGAAUGCCCGUUUCAAGAACCUAGUGGGUUCGAAACGAAAGAGUUCCUCACACAAUCCCUCUCCUUCUCCCCAAGGCGGCGUCCCCCCCACCGGCCAGCAGCGACCGACGUCGCUUUCGCCCCAAGCCUCGAAUUCCAGCAGCUCGUCGCUCCCCAUGAAUCCGCAAAACCCUCUGGGCCGCCCGCCCUCGUACACAUAUGCUCCCCCGGGUGGUCUGGGAGCCCCGCAGCAGCAACACGGCCGCCCCGCGAGCCCUCUCCCGCCCAUCAACACGGGCGCACCAGGCUACCCGCCUCAACAACAGGCCAUGGGCUACCCGCCCCAGGCUGGCCCGCCUGGAUACCCUCCGCAGGCGCCUCCACCAGGAGGCCAGUAUGGCCAGGGAGGAUAUGGCGCACCACCGCAAGCGCCUGCCCCUCAUGGGCCACCCGCAACCUACAACAGGCCAGGAGGCAUGGCAGAGGUAGCAGGCGAGGGCCGCUCCAAGGCGCAGCUCAUUGUUGGUAUCGACUUUGGCACCACUUUCUCUGGCGUCGCAUUCGCAUUCGCUACCAACACCGAAGCCAAGGAGGACAUCAUCACCGAGUGGCCUGGCGCGGGAAACCAGACGAAGCAAAAGAUUCCCACCGUGCUCUACUAUGACCAGUACCAGAAAGUUGUGGGAUGGGGCCCAGAUAUCGCUGACGCGCUGGCCCCCACUGGCUACCCCAAGCCUGGUGUGCAAAAGGUCGAAUGGUUCAAGCUGCAGCUGAUGCUGUCUGGCAACACCUACAUUGACCCCAUCAAUCUGCCCCCGCUACCACCUGGCAAGUCCGAAAUCGAUGUCGCAGCCGACUACCUCUUCCACCUUCGGCAGGCAAUGCGAAACCAGCUCCAGAAGACGCUAGGUGAAGUGUUCAACCGAGAGGAGCGCAACAUCCGGUACUAUCUGACCGUACCUGCGAUCUGGAACGAUGCUGGAAAGGCUGCAACACGUACCGCAGCCAUCCAGGCUGGCUUUCUUCGCGACGAAAAUGACAACAGGCUAACUCUCAUUACCGAGCCUGAAGCUGCUGCCAUGUUUUGCUCAAAGACUGGUCUCCUCAACCUCAAGAUUCAUGACGCUGUUUUGAUUGUCGAUUGCGGUGGUGGUACCGUCGAUUUGAUCGCCUACGAAGUUGAGGAAGAACAGCCCUUCUCCGUGGCCGAGUGCACAGCAGGCUCCGGUGAUUCCUGCGGUUCUACUGCUCUGAACCGAAACUUCAGCAACAUUUUGCGCGCUAAGAUUCGAAAGAUGAAAUUGCCCGACGGUUCCAAGACUGCCGGCAAGGUCUACGCCAAGUGUAUCAUGGAUUUCGAGAACAGGAUAAAGGCCGACUUCCGAAACAAUGGCCAGAAAUGGGCUGUCGAUGUUGGUAUUGAGGCUGAGUUCCCCGAGGCAGGUAUCGAGGAAGGCUACAUGACGUUUACGAACGAGGAGAUUCUACAGUGCUUCGAGCCGGUAGUAAACCGCAUCUUGGAACUUGUAAGGAAUCAGAUCAUCGCUAUUCAGGCACAAAACAGGUCACUACAGAAUGUGCUGGUCGUCGGUGGUUUUGGUGCCUCAGAGUACCUCUUCCAACAGAUCAAGCUUCACGUGCCACCACAAUUCCAGUCCAAGGUCGUCCGUCCAAUGGACUCUGUUGCCGCUAUCGUGAAGGGUGCUGUCACAGCCGGUAUCACUGAGCGUAUUGUCACCCACCGUGUCGCCCGUCGACAUUAUCUCAUGGCUACUCUCCAGCCAUUCAAAGAGGGCCACCACCCUGAACAGUACCGUGUGCCGUCUCUGGAUGGCAAGGAUCGAUGCAAAUACACCCGCCAGAUCUUCGUACAGAAGGGCCAAAGAGUCAAGAUUGGCGAGCCAGUCAAGGUUUCGUUCUUCAGACAAGUCGCGCCCGGUGCAACCCUCAUGUACGAGGACAUCCUAUACGCCUGCGAUGACGACGUGUGCCCAGAGUACACCAAAGAUCCCCGCAUCAAGGAGGUCGUCACCCUCACAUCCGAUCUCUCACGGAAGAACCUCGAAAAGGACUUCGAGCGCAUGGACACGCCCCAGGGAACUUUCUACCGUGUAUACUUCGAUAUCUACCUUACGCUCGACGGCUCGGAAUUCAACGCCGAGCUCGUCUGUCAAGGUGAAGUCAUGGGUCGCUGCACAGCUAGGUUCAGAUAAAACAAAAAGACACACACACACACAUCCAUCAUCUUGCAUAGGGCUACAUGUAAAAAGUUUCUUGUGCGCGACAUAAUUGGGGAUGAGAUUAAUGUAGUGC